AUGGCCAAGCUGCUGAAGCCGUCCAGACUGGACACAGAUCCCAGCUCGCCCACUGCAGCCAAAGAGUGGAAGCACUGGCAUAAAACAUUCACCAACUUCAUAGAAAAAAGUGGAGAUGCUGCACCAGACAAGUUGAGGGCAUUAGGGAAUUGUGUGUCCCCGAGUGUGUAUGAACUCAUUGAAGACUGUAGUACUUUUGAGAGUGCAAUCGCCAAACUGGAGAGUGCUUAUGUCAAGUUGCCGAAUGAAGUUUUUGCUAGGCAUGUUUUGGCGACACGACGACAGCAGUCAGGAGAAUCCCUUGAUGAAUUUCUGAGGGAGCUACAUAAGCUAAGCAAGGAUUGUAACUUCCAGGCAGUCACAGCUGAGCAAUAUCGGCAGGAGCUACGUAGUGCCGACGCGUAUGCAUCUCCACCCAUUCCUCAUACUGCUGCUUUAGUUCCAGAGUGGCAGGCACAGCCCAGAGGUGACCAGCAGCAGCAGCCAACAAAAGAAGAAGCAGAAAGAAGUUCACAUGGAGAUUCAGCUGUUGCUGCUGCUUACUUAUCUAAGAGGAAAUGCUAUUUUUGUGCUGCCACGUAUCCAAAGAAUCUUUCACAUGCAGCUACAAACAUUACUGUAAAUGGCCAUUCAUUGAAGGCACUAAUUGAUUCUUGUAGUUCAGAUAGUUUUAUACGUGAGGAAGUAGCACAGAAACUAAAUUUGACAAUAGUUCCUGUAGGUACAGCAGUCUCAAUGGCAUCAAAAUCUUUAAAUGCUAGUUCCCCUGGGUUUGUUACAGCAGACUUAGUGCACCUUGAUCAGAGAUAUCCUUGUAUCCAGCUCGGGGUCCUGAAGGAUUUAUGUUGUGAUGUUAUCUUAGGUUAUGACUUUCAAAAGCAACACCAGAGCGUAACUUUUCAAUAUGGAGGGAAUAAACCAAGUUUAAAGAUAACUGGAGCCAAACCUGUCUGUGUAUUAGCAACAGCUGAUAUCGAUGAACCGACAUUGUUUCCAAACUUGCCUCAACAGUGUAAACCCAUUGCAGUUAAAUCUAGACGCUAUAGCCAGGAUGACCAGCUGUUUGUAAAAGACCAGAUAUCACAUUUACUAUCUGAAGGUAUCAUUGAGCCAAGUAUAUCCCCUUGGAGAGCACAGGUUGUAGUAGUCAAAGAUCCACUUGGCAGGCACAAAAAGAGACUUUGCAUUGAUUAUUCCCAGACCAUUAACCAAUACACAGAACUAGAUGCAUACCCCCUCCCAAGGAUAGAGGAUAUGGUGCAUGACCUUGCAAAAUAUAAGGUGUUCUCCACAUUUGACUUAAAGAGUGCAUAUCACCAAAUCAGCAUUAAAGAGAGUGAGAGGAAGUACACUGCUUUUGAGGGUGCAGGGAAAUUGUUUCAGUUUUGUAGGAUUCCAUUUGGUGUCACGAAUGGUGUAGCUGCUUUCCAAAGAGCUAUGGACAAACUAGUUGAAGAUGAGAACCUCAAAGAUACUUUUCCAUAUCUAGAUAAUAUUACUGUAGGUGGAUUAACUCAGGCUGAACACGAUGAAAACGUUCAAAAGUUCUUGGAUGUGGUUCAGAAACGGAAGAUCACCCUAAAUGAAGUGAAAUCGGUUGUGUCUGUUCCUACAAUCAAUGUUCUAGGGUAUUGUGUCGGUAAUAAUGUGAUAAAGCCUGACCCUGACAGAUUACGUCCCCUUCAAGAAUUGCCGCCUCCCACAAAUAUGGGGUCUCUGCGAAGAGCUCAAGGGUUGUUUGCAUAUUAUGCCAAUGGAUCCCUCGUUUUUCUGAUAUGA